GACACAUCUUCAACAUAAGGAACAGCUUCCUCUUCUUAGGAUGGCUUUUAUUUGUUAACUUUGGGCAGCGAAAUUGGCUCCUUCUCAUGGUUUGCAUUUUGAGCAGUAGCCGCUGCCUUUUCGUCGUGGCUGGCGGAGUUUGACGGGGAGUGAGUGUGUGUCACAGCUCAUGUUCAACCCUCCUAGCUUAGUUUUCUAGCUUAGCUAAGCUAGCUAGCGAGCUUCCCAAGCUAAUGCGCGCUAACGCUAGGUAGCUGAAAAGAUUGCAACUGUGGGGUUAGUUAGCUGCAUUCACCAAAGACGACAGCAAGAAAACAAAUUCACUGUUCACUUUAUAACAGCGGGCAUGGUUGCUGACUGAUAGUACGAGGAAGCCUGUAUAGAUACUAGUGAAAUUGCAGGCUGCAGGCCAGGAUGAACAUGUCCUUACACUGGUUUCCCAUGAAUCUCACCUGGACCAGGAGGGUGUUGUGAGGAAGGAGAGAGGAGGAGGGAAAGACAACCCAAGGGGACUAUAAUCAAAAACCAUGAAUCUCCAUCAGGUCCUCACAGGGGCUGUCAACCCUGGAGACAAUUGUUUCUCUGUAGGGAGCAUCAACAAUGUCCCAUUCACGGCUUACGCGUCUGGCUGUGAUGUGGUGAUUUUGGGCAGUGACUUCGAGCGUCUGCAGAUCAUCCCAGGGGCCAAGCAUGGCAACAUCCAGGUGGGCUGUGUGGACUGCUCCCUACAGGGAGGUCAGAUUGCAGCUUCCUAUGGAAGCAUUGUGUGUGUCUUUGAGCCAGUUCAUCAUCCAGAUCAGAAAGACACGUCAUCGAAUAAGCUGAACUGCCAGUGGCAGAAGAGUGGUCAGUUCGUUUUACAGUCGAUAGUACGAAACCUGGCCUGGCACCCCACAGGCAGCCAUCUCUUAACAGGCUCUAGUAGCCUCCAGUUGUGGUCGAAUGGUGAUGAGGUGAAACAUGAAGCGGAGGAGGAGGGAAAGCGGGCAGGAAUGACCAUCAGCGAUACUCAUUCUGCCUGGAGAUGCAUCUGGCACAGCAAAACGGCCUCUCCAGUCAGUCUGAUGAAGUUCUCUCCUGAUGGGGAAUUUUUCGCUACUGCUGGACAAGACGACUGCCUAGUGAAGGUGUGGUAUAGCACCAGUAAGUGGCAGUCCGGGGUUUCCAGACUCUUCACACCUCCAGAGCCCAGAAUCACCACCCAGGGAGAGGUGGCCUUCUCAUUUGUCUACCUGGCUCAUCCACGCUCUGUUACCGGCUUCUCCUGGAGGAAGACCAGCAAGUACAUGCCACGAGGUUCAGUGUGUAAUGUGCUGCUGACCUGCUGCAAAGACAGUGUGUGUCGACUCUGGGCAGAGACGCUGUUGCCAGGCGACAGCCUCCUGUCCGGUCACCAUAACAACCGUACCAGUGGCCAACACAGUGAUCCCCUAAGAUGUGCUGGUACCGGCAAGAAAAACACCUCCAAUGGGAAGACACAUGGAAGAUCCCCAGUAGAGAUAAAUCUACACGAAUCAUGGCAUUCGCCCUCCUUUCGGGGUGUGGCCCAGCCCUCUCUGACCGGCUCCUUGUCUCACCAUCAGAGUCGACAUUACAGCCACAAGACCAGCAGCAGCAACAUGCCUCAUGCCAGUGCUCUCUGCCACUUCCACAUUGCUGCCAGCAUCAACCCUGCUACAGACAUCCCCCUGCUUCCCUCCAUCUCCUCUCUAUGUGGAGUGGAUGAUGAGGAACCUGGAGGUCCCUUCACUGUUCACUGGCUCAACAACAAAGAACUCCAUCUCACUCUGGCCAUGGAAGUCUUCCUGCAGCAGCUCCGGGACAGUCUGGAGCAACAGAAUGAAUGUUCCCAAGAAGAGCCUGAAGACGAGGAUAACUUUGAGGAAGAUCACAGCACCAGGCCGGCUUCCAGUGACCCCCAAACUGAAAGUGGGUCCAUGGAGCUUCCCCUGGCGGCUGUGGAGCACCAGGUGGUGGUGCUUCUAGAGGAGUGGAAUAAAGGGGCCGACAUGUUGUUCAGCAUCCACCCCAUGGAUGGCUCUCUGUUGGUCUGGCAUGUCGACUGGUUGGAUGAAUACCAGCCGGGUAUGUUCAGACAAGCACAGGUGUCGUUUGUGUCCCGUAUCCCUGUGGCGUUCCCUACAGGUGAUGCAAACUCCCUAAGCCGCAGUGUGGUCAUGUAUGCCUGUAACAAGAAUGUAGAUCUUGCCAUCCAGCAUGGCAGACAGCGGCCUUCUGGGGGCACGUUGCCUCAGUCCACCUCUGCUCUCAUCAGCUAUGGUGGCCACGGGAAAGCUUCGUCCAGCAGUAGCCUUCGCCUCAGCAUUUUCACUCCCAAUGUCCUUAUGAUCUCCACGCAUGCUGAUGGCUCUCUAAACCAGUGGGCAGUCAGUUUUGCUGAAGACUCCGCUUUCUCCACGGUGCUCAGCGUCUCUCACAAGUCACGGUACUGCGGCCAUCGCUUCCACCUCAAUGACCUAGCCUGUCACUCGCUACUUCCUCUCCUCCUCACCACCUCACACCACAAUGCCUUGCGGACACCAGAGGUGGACAGCAUCCUUGCUCCUCCAGAGGCCUGCUCUUCUGGCCUCUCUCAGUCAACAUUUAACCCCCGUGGGUCACGGCCCAGCCGGGUGUCCUUAGGUGUGGUAUCCCAGGAUCCCAAUGCUAUCUACAGUGAGCUGAUCUUGUGGAGAGUGGACCCUGUGGGGCCGCUGUCUUUCUCUGGAGGAGUCUCGGAGCUAGCAAGGAUCAAUUCUCUCCAUGCCUCAGCCUUUUCCAAUGUAGCCUGGCUGCCCACACUCAUCCCGAGUAACUGUCUAGGUGUGUACUGUAACUCUCCCAGCGCUUGUUUCGUAGCCAGUGAUGGCCACUCACUCAGGCUGUACCAAGCUGUUAUUGAAGCAAAGAAACUCUUAAGUGAGCUUUCCAACCCUGAGAUAUCAAAAUAUGUGGGUGAGGUGUUCAACAUCAUUAGUCAGCAGUCCACAGCAAAACCAGGGUGUAUCAUUGAACUGGAUGCCAUCACUGACUUUCAGGGUAAGGAGACACAACUCCUGCAUGUUUUUGAGGAGGACCUUAUCCUUGGCAGUGAGAAGACAGACAGCACUCAGGAAACCCCAGAUACUACUCACGCUGCAGCCUGCAGCCAGCCAGCAUUCUCAGCACGUUUUUUCCUAGUGGUGGUAGAAUUAACCCCGACCGGCCGUUCCCUUCUCCACAUGUGGCACCUCCAUCUUGCUGCCCAGCCUGUCACAAUGGAAGAGCCUACAUCUCUCCCAGAGAAGGAUGCUGCCACAGCUUCUCCCAGGAAUUCUUCCCAGUUUAACUUUGAAACAUUCAGUUCCCCAGUACCUCAAAAGAGUAGACCCUGUACCUCCAAUCUGCAGAGUGCCUGUCGGCUCAGCCUCACAACACACAGGCUGUAUAGCCAAGAGAUGGCUCUGCCAGCAGGAGUGGAGGCCAUCAGUGUUACGCCCUCAGCAGGUCACCUGAGUGCAUCGUCCUUACUGCCGGCUGGCCGUGCACCUUACCUCCUUGCCACUUCCUGUUCUGAUGGCAAGGUGCGCUUCUGGAAGUGCAGUGUCACGGGGUCAGACCCCUCCUCCACGGACAAGCUGGUAUACCAGUGGGAGGAGUGGCCUCUCCUGGUGGAGGAGGGACUAAUCAAUAGCAGUGCAGUAAGCGUGCCAGGUCGCCCAAUAGAGGUCAGCUGCUGUCACACAAGCCGGAUUGCAGUGGCCUACAGGCAGAUGCCAAAUGUACCUCUGAACUUUACACCUCAAAUAAGCUCUCACCCUCCUUUUACCUCUAUCCCUGCCUUGGCCUCCACCCCUUCUCCCUAUAGUACCGCCACCCAUCUGACCCCAACUUUUAGCACACACCGUAGCCCAAGUCUCAACUCCAGUCCUAACCCAGCAAACACAAGAGAGCCGCUGGUUCAUAUUAGCAUCUUCCAGUGCGAGUCCACAGGAGGCUCUCAGUGGAUACUAGAACAGACUAUUGUCUUGGACAGUGCAAGUUCCACAGCUAACUAUGACAUUAGCAGUAGCACAACUAAGAGUGCCAAUAUUCCCAUUAGUAACAUGGACUUCCCUGUACCUAAUGAGAACUGUCUUGGUUCUACGAGUAAGAGCCUGGUUCAUUUGGACUGGGUUUCCCAAGAGGAUGGGUCCCACAUUCUAACUGUCGGUAUCGGGACAAAGCUUUACAUGUAUGGCCUUCUCUCUGGUAAGCCUCCAGAGCUGGGUCCAUCCUCUGAGACUAGAGACCAAAGCUUGUCUCGUCUGGUUCUGCUCCGAUCAGUUGAUCUAGUCUCUUCUGUCGAAGGCUCCUUACCCAUUCCAGUCUCCCUCUCCUGGGUACGAGAUGGCAUCUUGGUUGUAGGCAUGGACUGUGAGAUGCAUGUCUACUCCCAGUGGCAGCCACCGACACCACCCAAAACAAAUGCUGCCAUCACCCAAGACACAGACAUAAGUAGCAGUGUCUCCUCCAUUAUCUCUGCAGUCAGACAGAGCCAGGAGGAGGGGCUUAGCCCUGGGGCUGCCACAUCAACACUGGCCCCUCCCAAAAAGGCCCUAACAAGGUCAAUGAUGAGCCUAGCUCAGAAACUCAGUGGGAAGAGGACAGUUUACGACCUGCCGAUAGAGAUGGAAGAUUCUGGGCUGUUCGAAGCAGCUCACCAACUUUUCCCCACCUUGCCCCAGUACCACCCUGUACAAUUACUAGAGCUCAUGGACCUAGGGAAGGUUCAUCGCGCCAAAGCAAUCCUCUCCCACUUAGUUAAAUGCAUUGCUGGUGAAAUUGUGGCCCUUAAAGACAAUACCGCCAAUCAAGAGAAGCGUGUGCGCUCUCGAACCAUCAGCGCUGGAGGCAGCAUGGCCAGGGACAGUAAGAUGUUCAGCAAGGGAGAGAGCUCCUCCCCAGACUACACAGAGAUCAACUCCAUUCCUCCCCUGCCUCUGUAUGCCCUGCUGGCAGCUGAUGAGGACACCUCGCCACAACCUGACAAAGUGAGCAGUGCGAGUAGAGAUAGCGGGCAUGGUUCCAGUCAAACUGAUGCCUAUGAUGAGUUGUUUCACACACCCAGUAUGAUGGACUUGGACCCGCUGGACAGUGAUCAAGAGGAAUCAGGGAACAAGGUAAUUGACCUGUCACAGUACAGUCCCACAUACUUUGGACCAGAGCACGCACAGGUUCUGUCCAGCCACCUUCUCCACUCCAGUCUUCCAGGCUUGACCCGCAUGGAGCAGAUGUCUCUCAUGGCGCUGGCCGACACCAUCGCCACCACCAGCACAGACCUCAGGGACAGCCACGGCAAGAGCAAAGGUGGAGAGACACUGGAUGACUGUGGUCUUAAGUUCUUGCUGGCUGUCAGACUCCACACCUUCCUCUCUACCUCUCUGCCCCCGGCACACCGAGCACAGCUGCUACGGCAAGGCCUGUCAACAUGUCAUUAUGCCUGGGCGUUCCACUCUGAAGCCGAGGAGGAGCUGCUGAACAUGCUUCCUGCCCUGCAGAAGGGAGAGCCAACCUGGCCUGAGCUGCGCUCCAUGGGUGUGGGCUGGUGGCUGCGUAGCACCAACAAGCUACGAAGGUGUAUUGAGAAGGUUGCCAAGGCUUCUUUUCAGAGAACCAGUGAUCCUCUGGAUGCAGCUAUCUUUUACCUCGCAAUGAAGAAGAAGGCAGUGGUCUGGGGACUGUACAGGUCUCAGAAAAAUGUAAAGAUGACAGACUUUUUCAGCAACAACUUCAGUGAGGACCGGUGGAGGAAAGCAGCACUGAAAAAUGCCUUUUCUCUGCUGGGAAAACAGCGGUUCCAGCAUUCUGCAGCCUUUUUCCUGUUAGCUGGUUCCCUGAAAGAUGCUGUGGAGGUGUGUUUAGAGAAAAUGCAGGACCUACAGCUGGCCUUGGUAAUCUCCAGAUUGUACGAGUCUGAGUUUGAGACAGCAUCCACCUACAAAAAAAUCCUCCAGAGAUAUGUUCUGGGACAAGACAAACAGAUUCCAGCCCACCAGGACCCGUUCCUGCGGAGCAUGGCCCACUGGGUCCUGGAGGAUUACAGCAGAGCUCUGGACACUCUGCUGGAACAGCCUGCUAACAGCAACAGCUCAGGGUCCACUGGGAAUACAGCUGAGACCGAUUCCUCUUCCAUUUCCCCAUGCAACCCUGAGGUUUUCAACUUCUACACUUACCUCCGUACCCACCCACUCCUCCUUCGCCGCCAUUUUGGAUCCUCUGAUAAGGCUAAAGUUGGCCUGACUGCUGAAGGUCGCAGAGCUGACUCCAUUAGCUUGGUGGAGAGACGGCUGUUCUUCACAGCCGCAUAUGCACACCUGCAGGCUGGCUGCCCUAUGCUAGCUCUUGAAGUCCUCUCCAAGAUGCCCAAAGUCCACAAGCAUUCCAAACUGCCUAACCCAGAUGAUACGGGUAUCAGCGCAGAACUGAGUGAUAGGAGUAAGAAUGACCGGGCAUCAGACCUGGACUGGUCUCAGCCAGUUCUGAAUGGUUACGAGUCAGGGGGAGAUAGCUUAUCCAACAGCCAGUCGGAUUCAGUUUUAAGUUUUGAUUGGAGCCAACCAUCACUGGCUGUCCCAGAUGAGCCCCUGGAGCUGAGAUGGGACAGCGACAAAGACGAUGAAGACAGUGGGGAUGAUGAAGAAGAUAAAGAUGUUAAGAAAAGAGGAGCUGUGGACAGCAGUAGUGUGUUUCUGGAUACACAGGAUGCCAUAUCACUGCUAACAGUGACAGGGGAGGACAGUGGGGACAGCAGUGACUUCAUAGCACCAUCUGAUGACAUCCUGGCAGCCCAACUGAAGUUCAGUGCCUGCUUGAAGAUUCUGACCAAUGAGCUUAGGACGCUGUCGACAGGGUAUGAACUGGAUGGAGGGAAACUACGUCACCAGCUCUACCAGUGGCUGGAGAGAGAGGUGGUGGCUCUUCAGCGUUGCUGCAGUUACAAGCCCUGCCUGCCAGAGCUUUCUGUGGCUGGGACAGCAGAGGAGGAAAGGCCGGGGAGCCCACGUGGUGACAGCCAGCGGGGCAGGAGGCACUGGCUCCAGAGUAACCAGCCCUUACUGAGAAUGUUUUUGAGCUACUGUAGCCUGCAUGGCUCCCAUGGUGGAGGACUGGCCUCUGUGCGCAUGGAGCUAAUAUUAUUGCUUCAGGAGUCACACCAGGAUGACUCCAGCCAAUCAGUGGUCACACCCUGUUCCCAUCCCGCCUCUAUCCCUCUUCUGCUGGCGUGCACAGCCAAUGCCAAGACGGUGGUGGCCAAUCCCAUCGUCCACCUGACUAACCUGACUCAUGACAUCUUACAGACCAUUAAUGCACUCGACUCUCCUCCGCAUCCUGAUGUGGUGAACAAUAAGAUCUAUGUGAUGCACACUCUGGCUGCGUCCUUGUCUGCCUGCAUCUAUCAGUGUCUGUGUGAUGGACACAACUACAGCCAUGUGAACCAUUUCACAGGGAUUGUGUAUCAAAGUGUGCUGUUGUCUCAGAAGCAGCCAAUCAGAACAGUCAGCAUGGAAGAGACGGUUCUGCCCAACACUUCUCCUGCACAGUGGCCUGGUAUUGCCUCUCUGAUCCGUCUGUUGAGCUCAGCGGGCGAGGAAAGCCAGCCCGGCUUAUCUGUGUUGCUCUGUGAGAUCCUGACUGCUGUCUUCCUCAGCUUGUUCGUUCACGGCAUGGCCACCCACUCCAGCAACGAGCUGUUCCGCAUCAUAGCCCACCCCCUCAACAGCAAGCUGUGGGUGGCGGUGUUCGGAGGAGGGGCCCGGACCCCUGUCAUAGAGAAACCCAACAGCCCUGCAAAAUCACCUCCGCCAGCCUCGCCAGCCAACGAGAGCUUGGACAGGAAGUCCAGGCGUUUCAGGCUUCUGUCGUCACGCAGCAGCUCCAAGGAGGAGGCAGGACCGGAGAGGGAGAGGGAGGGGCCAGCCAGUCCCAAGCCUGUAGUGGAGCAAGAAGCUGCCUCCAUCUUUAAAGAACGUUUUGUCCAUCCAGAACUCAGCAUUUGGGACUAUUUGAUCGCCAAGCCAAGCCUGCCACCAUCAGAAAGCAGAGUUGAGUAUGACUCAGAGGAGAGCCAAGGCAGUCAGGAUGAAGAUGAAGACGACGACGAGUACGGAGACAUGUUUGACCCCAACUCUGCACUGACCGAGCAUUCUAACCACAAUUCAUACAGUUGGUGUUUGAUGCGUCUGGCAAUGGUUCAGCUAGUGCUGGGCAAUCUCAAGUCCUUCUACCCGAUGGCAGGACACGAUCUAUUAGAUCUGCCCGUUGGCUCUCCCCUGUGCCAUGCGGUGCUAAAGACUCUGCAGCGCUGGGAGCAGGUGCUACAGAAGAGACUGGAGAUCUUUGGAGGCCCCCCUUCAAAGUACAUUUCUACACACCUGCACGAUGAAACAUCCACCCCUGGCCCUGCCCUCCUUAGACACAAGGCUCUGUUCGAACCAUCCAACACGCCAUUCAGGUCUAACCACCAUUCGGCACUGCCAGUGAAGCGUCUGUGGCAGUUUCUGGUUAAGCAGGAAGAAAUCCAGGAGACUUUCAUUAGAAAUAUCUUCACCAAGAAACGUGAACAGAAUGAGUCGGUUGAGGACCAGACUGACAAAAUGAAAUGUUCAGGGAUGGACGAGGCAGGAAACAAUCAGAUUGAGGCAGAUCUGGGAUACCCUGGCGGAAAGGCACGCAUCAUCCACAAGGAGUCUGACAUCAUCACAGCAUUUGCGAUCAACAAGGCAAAUCGUAAUUGUUUAGUCAUGGCCUCCACUCAUGACAUUCAGGAGCUGGACGUGUCAUCCAUCUUGGCCACACAGAUCUUAACAUGGAUCGAUGAUGACGAGGCCGAGGCUAAAGGUGGUGGUGGUGGUGAUGAUUUCCUGGUGGUCCAUACGCGCGAUGACUUUGCCGCCCUCCAUGGCACCACGCCCUACACCCACAGCAGCCCCGGCACACCCAUCAACAUGCCAUGGUUAGGGGGCUUGCAGACGGGCAGAGGUGCAGCCGUGCUGAUCAAGAGGAACAUCAACAACGUGAGAAGGAUGACCUCUCAUCCCACACUGCCUUACUACCUGACGGGAGCACAAGAUGGCAGUGUGAGGAUGUUUGAGUGGGGUCACUCCCAGCAGAUCAUCUGCUUCAGAAGCCCAGGGAACUCAAGAGUCACCAGAAUACGAUUCAACCACCAGGGAAACAAGUUCGGUAUCGUAGAUGCUGAUGGAGGGUUGAGUCUCUGGCAGACCAACACCAGUGGGAAUGCACCCAAACCCUAUCUGACGUUGCAGUGCCACAAUAAGACAGCUCAUGACUUUGUGUUCGUCGGCUCCUCCUCUCUCAUUGCCACUGCGGGCCUUUCAACAGACAACAGGAAUGUGUGUCUGUGGGACACUCUGGUGACCCCUAUGAACAGCCUCGUACACGCCUUCUGCUGCCACGAGUCAGGUGCUACUGUGCUCUCGCUGGCCCCCAGGCAGCAGCUGCUUAUCACAGGCGGUAGGAAAGGCUGGAUCAGUGUCCUGGAGCUUCCCCACAGGCACCAGCGCCAGAGCUUCCAGGCCCACGACUCGCCGGUCAAAGCCCUGGCCGUUGAUCCUACAGAAGGCUGCUUCAUCAGCGGCUCCGCUGAGGGCAACAUAAAGGUUUGGAGCCUGGCCACCCAGUCUCUGCUCCACACCUUUCCAAAUGAACACGCACGCCAGUCGCUGUUCAGGAACCUUGGCACGGGUGUCAUGCAGAUAGAGGUGGGACCAGCCAAUCACAUCUUCUCCUGUGGUGCAGAUGGAACCAUGAAGAUGAGGAUCCUCCCCGAUCGCUACAGCGUUGUCGGCAACAACAACCAUGGCAACCUCAAGAACGACGUCAAGUUCAUCAUAUAGACGGGAUGGAGCGCAGAAACCUGCGUCGUCCAGCUUAUGUCCAAGUCAUUCGACUGAAUAAUGUGAAGUGCAUUGUAUGAUAGAGCAAGGUUGCCCGCAGUUUGAUUACGUGAAGUUUAUUUAUUAGAACAAAUGCCAUCUAAGCUCAUUUAUUUUGGAGGAAUGACGUCACGUAACAGAGCAAUGAUGCCCGAAAGCUUUCACAAAGGCAAAAUGGGUAGAAUGUACAUACAAUUUAGUAGUAAGGCCUACUUAGUGAGACGUGCAUCACCUGAUGAGCAGGGCCUGAGACUCGACAGCGCUGUGGUGUGAUGUUACUAACCCACAGCGUCGGCACUGCCUGUAACCAAGGCAGCACAGCCAAGCACAUGCACACGGGAACCUCUGUGAGUGUCUAAACCACAGACGUAGUCAAAGUGGACACAGGGUACGGACCAAGGGCAUGUUCAAGUCAGAACAAACUGUUUGAAAACAGACAGCAGCAGAAUUUGGGGAUUUAUCGAGAAUGAACUGCCAUCUCGCUCUGCGCAGGGCCGGAGGAGACUGCUGUUUUUUUUGUUUUUUUUUUUCUUUGCACAGGAGACUGCAGAAGGAGUAGAGGAGACUGAAAGCUGAGAAAAAACUAGCACCAUAACAUUAUUCUGACACAGUAUCACCUUAUCCUUAGUGUAUGUUAGUAAGGCAAUCAUAAUCGCGGGAUUCUGUUCUCUAGAAUGGGAUUCUGUGGAAGCUCUUCUGGGAUCUGCUGGAACGUUCGAGUGAUCAUUUACGCGGUACAAAUAGAGUAUUGACUCGAGUGUACAGACAGACUGAGACGUGUGUGUACAGUGUGUCUCGGGACGCUAAGUGUCCCCACAGGGGUUCGUAUGUCACCAUAAGGCUGUACAACACUGUCGUCCCUGUUUUGCACAGUGCAGUAAGGCGAGUUGACAUCGUACAAAGCACAUCAUAUCCAGUCACAAGGGUUUCUCAUGGAAUCCGGUGCUCCAUAUAAAUUCAUUAACUUGUAAAUGAAUGACUCGACCAACUCAUUUGGAAAACCAAGGGCCGGGUGUUGCUCUUAAUGCAUGAAACUCAACCACAAGUCAGGAGUCACAGUACGUAAAUUCCAUAUCGCGGUUGACUUUUCAUGCCGAAACAUUUACAUUUAUUAUUUUGGGCAUUUAGCUGAUGCUCCUAUCCAGCAUGAGUUCAGAACAACAGAAGAAACAUAAAACCUUGUUUGUGAUUUCUUUCUUUUUUUUUCUUUUUUUUUUUAAUGAAGGUAAAAAAUAAUCACAUUUUUAAGUCAAUUUUAGUCAAAUUAGACCAAAUUUGUCAUUUGCAUUUACAGCUUCAGCUUUAUGAGACACUCCUGUGCCUCUUUCUAAUUUACAAGAACUGCCCGAAUGCAACAUUUUGCUCUCUGUAUUUGCACAUAAAUUAAGCAAAAUUAUAUGUAGUGCACUGCACAUAACUGCAAGGCUACAUAUCACGAGCACACCAGGCCUUUGUAAUAAGUAAUAUACAGUACAAUGUUUGUUGUUAUGGUCUUGGCCUAGAUUUAACCAGUGUUAUAAUUAUUAAGUGUCCUUAAUCUCUAAAACUACUUCUGCCAUAAUGGCACAGUACUAGUACUGUUGGUUCUAAUAACGAUGAUGAUGAUGAUUAUUGUUGAAAUUAAGUUGCACAGAGUAGCUUUAAUUUAACAAAGCCCCUGUUGAAAUGGGACACCAUGAAUAAUACUUAUUUCUGUCUGCAUUUCUUUCAGAUGUUUAGUGUUGAGCUUAAGAACAUGUAGCAUAAUCAAACCUUUGCUGUUGACUUUGGGAACGGGUGGGAGAGGGUGUCAUACAAAUUUUAAUGGAGAUUAUGUUUUGAUGUGGAAAUGGUGUUUUAUUCCAACAACAAUGCACUUCUUUUUCCUUGACUCCACAUUUUCCACUGGACCAUGAUUAAGAACUGCCUUGAAAACAACAUAUAUUUUUUUUUUAAGUUGCCUUGUUACUAAUUAAUUUUAUUUAGCAGACUAGUUUGAGCUGGUUUGCUAGUGUUAUUUUGUGGCUUUGGCAGAUAGUAAUAAUAACCCUUACUGCAUUUAUGUUUUCCAGUAAUAAAAAAAAAAAAAAAAAAA